AUGGAGGAAACUCAUCAACAAAUCAUACCGUCUUCCAGUAUUGCUGGGGAAGUUGAUGCCCUGCAAAGGACACCUCUCCACUUAGCUUCUGAAAAUGGAACGAUCAAGAUUGUUCAAGCUUUGCUGGAGAAGAACACAAGCAGUUGCAUGGUUCGUGAUUUGAAUGGGUUGAUUCCUCUCCACCAUGCAGUGAUUAAUGGAAGAAUUGAUAUCAUGCCACUGUUGAUCAAUGCGAGGCCACAAUCUCUUUGGAUGAAGCUUCACAAUGGUCAAACUGUUCUUCAUUUAUGCGUAAUGCACAACCACUUGGAAGCUCUUAAGUUGUUGAUCACAAUGAUUGAAGAUCAACAACAUUAUGGAUUCCUCAACGAAGGCGAUGAGAAUGAAAAUACGAUUUUGGAUUUGUCUAUGAUGUUAAGACGAAUCGAGAUUGUACAAUAUUUAUUGUCUAUCAAGGGAAUAAAAACGAGAACAAACACUACAAAAUCGACAUCACCACCGCCCAAAAACUUAAUGACAAGUUCAUUGAAGUCGAAACUUGAAUACAAAGGUGAUUGGUUUCAAGAAGUGCAUGGUACAAUGAUGUUGGUGGCAACGGUUAUUGCAACAGUGGCUUUUCAAGGUGCAAUCAACCCUCCCGGCGGUGUUUGGCAAGAAGAUAUUCCUUAUAACUCCAAUAGCACUAUUCAUCGUUCAUUUCAUAGUAGCAAUACUUUGAAAACUUUCAUGGCAGGAACUGCCAUAAUGGCCUACCCAGCUUCAUGCCAAGGAAAUUAUUACACAGCUUACUUGAUUACGAAUUCUGUCUCAUUCUUUGCAUCAGUAUGCGUGAUUAUGUUCAUAAUAGGUCGAUUGCCUUUGAAAAAUAGGAUUUGUGCGUGGUUAUUAACAGUAACCAUGUGCAUUGCCAUUGCAUCCUUAUCACAUAGUUAUUUAUUGGGAGUUUGGCUCCUAAAUGCCUCAUUUAGGAAUUCUUAUGCUCCAAGAGUAACAUUUGUAACAGCAUGGCACAUCUUGUUAGCAAUGUUGGGAGUGGUUUGUCUUUGUUGUAUUGUUAUUCCUUUAGUUACUUUGGUGGUGAAGCUUCUCGCUUGGACACCUCUACACUUGGCUUCAGAAAAUGGAACGGUCGAGAUUGUUCAAGCUUUGCUAGAGAAGAACACAAGCACUUGCAUGGUUCGUGAUUUGAAUGGGUUGAUUCCUCUCCACCAUGCAAUGAUUAAUGAGCGAAUUGAUAUCAUUCAACUGUUAAUCAAUGGGAGGCCACAAUCUCUUUGGAUGAAGCUUCACAAUGGUCAAAAUGUUCUUCAUUUAUGCAUAAAACACAACCAUUUGGAAGCUCUUAAGUUGUUGAUCACAACAAUUGAAGAUCUACAAGAUUAUGGAUUCCUCAACAAAGGCGAUGAGAAUGAAAAUACCAUUUUGGAUUUUUCUAUGAUGUUAAGACGAAUUGAGAUGAAUAAUGCUAAACCCAGGAUAGUUGAGGAACGUGAGCACAUGGCAUCAGUUCCGUACGCUUCUGCAGUUGGGAGUUUGAUGUAUGCUAUGGUCUGCAAUAGACCUGACAUAACACAUGUAGUGGGAGUUGUUAGCAAGUACAUGGCAAAUCUAGGGAAGGAACAUUGGGAAGCUGUGAAGUGGCUUCUGAGAUAUCUGAGAGCUACAUCCAAUACUUCACUUUGUUAUGACAAUGGCAAAGUAGUUCUGUAA